CACUUCCAGAAGAUCCCGCCUGUGCCUCUGCACGAGCCUUUCAGGAGGUCUGGAGGUCUGGUCCGCCGCUCCCCGGCUUCUUUCCAGGCUUUUGCUUUUCCCCUCCCCCGCUCCCGCUCUACGGCCCCAGGACCAGACCACGGCCCAGCUGAGUUCCCGCGGCUCCACCGCGCAGAAGGGUUCUUCAAAGGACUAAAAGCUAAAGGCGACGAUGGAUUCAUUCGGCAAGUCCUAGUCGGGCGCCCUGGUGAGUGCCAGACCCUGCUCCCCGCAAGGGGACCCACGAACGACCCUCGCCACCAUCCCUGCCCUGGUGGAGCCCCCGUGCGGGACACAGGAUCCGAAGAUGGCAGCGGCAGCUCCGCAGCGGCCCCGAAAGCAACUGGGCAGGGUGGGCACAGGCUCCCUCACUGGCUGAAGGCGGCGCAGAGAACGGGAAGAGCCAUCCUGGGAGCCCACCGUGCGUUCAGCUUCCCUUGGGACCCCAGGCGGCUCGGGCUGGGUCGCCGACCGGGGAGUUUCUGGGGGCUUCUGAAGAAGGAGAGGGGCAAGGCGGGCGAAGGCCAUUCGGCUCUCCCUCUGGCUCCAAAAUCUCCUAACGCGCAGGUGUCCAACGUGACCAGCGCGACUCACCGCUCUAAUCUUUCUGGUUUUCCAAGGCCUUGCUCAGUCGUCCUGCCGGGCGGGCCCUGAGAAUAGAAGGAAAGGAGGAAGUUUAGUGAGUGCGCCCUUCCUGUGUCGCCUACUUCACCAUGCUGACAGCGUCCAGUCCAAGCAUACCUGAAGCCUUUCUUUUUAAAAAGCUUUCCCACCCUUCUGACUGCCUUCAAGUCUCUACCAAAACACAAGUAACAGUGGCUGACUCCCUGCUAUAGCAAACUCAGAAUAAAUAGCUUUUGCUUUUUUUCA